ACAGCUGACGUCUGACAGGAAAACGUAACCUAAUCUAACCUCGAUCUCAUAAAUAUGCCUAACGAAAAAUGUUUAUUUGCAAAACUAAAUUUUUAAAAUAUACGUUACACCUUCAGUUGUCACAAAUAUUCAAAAUGAGUAGCAGAAAGUUGUCAGGUAAACGAAAUUAUGAAGACUACGAAGGUUUUAAAAGGCUUGUUGACACUGCAAAGAACAUAGUCGUGCUAACAGGUGCAGGAAUUUCUGCAGAAUCAGGGAUUCCAGUGUUUAGAGGUGCCGGAGGCUUAUGGAGAAAAUACAAAUCCGAAAAUUUGGCAAGUCCGGACGCAUUUGCUUCAAAUCCAGCGUUGGUGUGGGAAUUUUAUAACUACCGAAGACACAUCGCCUUCAAUGCAAGCCCAAACAAGGCCCACAUAUCUUUGGCAGACUAUGAGAAAAAGUGUAAAAAAGAAAACAGAAACCUCAGCAUUGUAACGCAAAACGUCGAUGGACUGCAUUUGCGCGCCGGAUCAGAGAAAGUGGUUGAAUUACAUGGGGCCCUCAGAAAAGUCUCUUGCACGAACGGAACGUGUGAAAAUGUUGAAGAAAAUUACGACGACCCCAUCGUACCUGCUUUUGCCAAUAGGGGGGACGCUUCAUUAGAUCAAGCAGAUUUGCCCGUAAUUGACAGGAAAGAUUUGCCCAAAUGUAAGAAAUGUGGUUCAUUAGCAAGGCCCUAUAUUGUAUGGUUCGGGGAAAUGCUGGACCCAGACGUUCUCGAGGAGGCACAGUUAUUGGUUGGAGGAUGCGAUUUGUGCCUGGUGAUUGGCACUUCAUCUGUCGUCUAUCCAGCUGCAAUGUUUGCCCCUUCGGUUGCUCAGAGGGGCGUUCCAGUUGCUGAAUUCAAUUUAGAAGAGCAUCCGGCAGAUUCCGAUUUUGCGUUCCAUUUUCCAGGGCUGUGUGCAACAACUCUUCCGAAAGCAUUGGGAUUGCAAUAGAUAAGAAACAAGGCAAAAA